AUGAGAGCAGAAGAAGGCUUCCAAUUCGAACGCUUUCGCGUCGCCUCGCCAUGGUCCUCGGACCCUGCCCUGCGACUCACCAUCCUCCGCCUCUUCUCCACUGGAAAACACGCGCUCAGCACCUCCGAAAUCCACCGCCUCUUCAACAGCCUAGCUGCCUUUGGCAAAAAGGUCGAAGGCGAAUAUGCCGACAUCGCCAACACGCUCGACAGUCCGCAACACGAGCCCACGCUGGUCCAGUACGACGCCUGGGGUCAACGCAUCGACAAGCUCGUAACGGGUGAAGGCUGGAAGCGUCUUAAGGGUGUCUGUGCGGAAGAGGCCAUUGUCGCCGAAUCCUACUCCCGCGAUGAGGCCAAGAAUGGAGGAGGCCGCGACAGGAUUGGCCAGCAUGCUCGGCUGUUUGCGUUUGUGCGCAGCGUUAUGUAUGCGCCCGUCUCCAAAGUGGUGCUGUGCCCCAUCAGCAUGACGGACGGCGCGGUGCGUGUGCUCGAAAUGUUUGGAACAGAGAAGCAGAAGCAGGAAGCCAUUCCAAGGCUGUGCAGCACCGAUCCGCGCACAGCGUGGACGGCGGGUCAGUGGAUGACCGAGCGUCCUGGUGGAUCCGACGUCUCUCGCACCGAGACGGUCGCCAAGCCGCUCGACCCGAAGAAAAAGCCGCAAGCCGGCGACCAGUUCGUUAUCAGCGGUUUCAAGUGGUUCUCCUCCGCCACAGACGGAGACAUCGCCCUAGCCCUCGCCCGCACCAACGACGACCUCAAGCUCGGCUCGAAAGGCCUCUCGCUCUUCCUCAUCAAGAUCCGCGACGACCAGACAGGCAAGCUCAACGGCAUCCGCGUCCACCGGCUCAAGCGCAAGCUCGGCACCAAGUACCUCCCCACCGCCGAACUCGAGCUCGACGGCUGCAUCGGCGAGCUCGUCGGUGAAAUCGGUCGUGGUGUCGCCACCAUCUCGUCGGUGCUCAACAUCACGCGGCUCUACUCGGCCGGAGGCGCGGUGGGUGCGCUCUCGUGGGGGUUGCGCUCGGCUACGGCGUAUGCACAGAUCCGACCCGCUCUGGGAGGAAGCAAGCUGGACAAGCUGCCGCUGCACACGGACCAGCUGUUGAAGGUGACAGUGACGUACCGAGUGUUUUUGCAGAUCUUUUUCUCCAAUGUGCUGCUCAUGGGGGCGAGCGAGUCGGGGCAGGCGAGCAAGCGCGAUCAGCUGCGGUUGCGACUGCUGACACCGGCGCUCAAGGCGUUUGUCGCCACCCGUGCUUCGGAGAGCUACCUGACACUGAUCGAGUCAUUCGGUGGACAAGGGUAUAUGGAGGAAGUGGGUAUGGGCGAGAUGCUGCGCGACUGCACCGUCGAGCGCAUCUGGGAAGGCACGCCCGCCAUCCUCUCGCUCGACGUGCUGCGCGUCCUCGUCCAGUCCAAAGGCCAAGCGCUCAUCGAGUUCUUCCAAGACAUUGGCGCCAUCCUCACCUCGCUCCCCUCCCAACUCACCUCGCAGCUCGACCCACAGAUCAAACUGCUCGCCAACAUUGUGCGCGAAACAUCGUCCAUCCUCACCAGCCUCGACCUCGAACGCCAUCUCGGCACGACAGACUUGCGAUUCAGCCGAUACCUGCUCGACCUGAUCAUGGCCAUCCAGGGCUCGGCGCUGUUGCUCCAGCACACCGCAUGGAAGGCGACUGAGUUGGCCGCGAGCAGUGAGCUGCAGCGCUUGGCCGGGGUGCGCGCGGAUGAGCGAGAGAUCGAGCAGGACGUGCAUCUGAUUCGACUGUGGAUCGGCGGCGGGGAGGAUGCGGGCGCGGCUGGGUUCGCGGAUCUCGUGCGGCUGGUGUCGCAGCUUCGGGCGGCUACGUCGGGCGGACCGGGUGACGGGCAGCAGGCGGUCGAGUUGGGCCACUCGCUCGUGUACUCGUGGACACAGCAGGCCAGUGCGGACCUCCAGAGUCGUUUGUAA